AUGGUCGGCUUCAGACCCUCGCUGUCCACUCAAGAGGUCAUGCUGCUGAUCAAGAGGCAGAUAGUCGACGUGGUCACGAGAGACGUCCGAGGCAUCUUGGCGCUGGACAUCGCCAAGGCCUUCGACACGGUCAAACACAAGCACCUCCUCGACACUGUGACGAGACUGAACCUUGGCGAACGCUUUCACGCGUACGUGAGCUCUUUCCUAAGAGAUCGCAAGGCCACGAUCAAGUUGGGCCAGAUCAAGUCGGACGGAUACGCGCUGGGAGCCUGCGGCACGCCGCAGGGUGCGGUGUUAUCUCCACUGCUCUUCAACAUCGCCAUGAGAGACCUAUCAGUCCGACUCGACCGAAUCGGGCUCGCCAAUCUCAAUCACACUCUCUACGCGGACAUCGCCGUCUGGUGCGGUGGUGGGUCGGACGCAGCGGUGGAGCGGGCCUUGCAAGAGGCCUUGCACGUCACGGAAGAAUUCCUCGAGGGCACGGGACUGGUCCUCUCGCCGACCAAGUCGGAACUCUUGCUGUAUCGGCCCGACAGAAAAGGCCGCAAGUUCGACACGACGCUGGACCAAGGGAACAAGUUCGACGCACUCAUGAGGAAGAGCAUUAAACGAGUACUCGGCAUCCCCUUGACGACCAGCACGGAGAAGUUGAUGCAAUUCGGCGUCCACAACACCCUGAGCGAAGUGAUCGAAGCACAGAAAACGGCACAGAUCGUUCGCCUCUCUACCACCAAGGCCGGCCGUGGAAUACUCGAGAUGGCGGGUCUGGCAGCCAUGGCCGAGGAGCCGUGCGCAGUCCCGCUCUGCGAGGGUGAAAGGGACGUCUUCCGAGUCUCCCCGUUCCCGAGGAACGUUCAUCCACAAAACAACGAGGCCCGGCGCGCAGCCAGAGCCCGAGCACACAUCAAGACUGCCCUGCAGAACCCAGAGCUCGCGUCCUUUGUCGACGCGGCGCGGUAUCCCGGAUCAAACUCCUACGCGGCCGCGGUGUUGACCCCCAGGGCAAGAUCCUGA